UUGGGUAUGGGGCAGUAUUUUCACGUCUGGAUGAAAAGCGUACUCAAUGUAAAUAGCCUGUUACUCAACUAGGAUAUAAAGUUUCUACAACUGUUAAAAUUAUGUCUGUGAGUAUAACAGAACUGAUAUGGUAGGCGAAACCCAGAGGACGAACCAUCCCAAGAAAAUAAAAAGUCAGCCUACCACUGUUUUCAAUGGCUGUCAUUUUCAUUAUAAGGCGAAAUCCUCCCAGAUUGCAGUUCCUAGUGUCAGGACCCGGUUUCGAACCUGGGUCUCCGGAGUGAGAAACAGUCACUUAACCAACUGAGCCACGAAUAGUCAGCAGAACCCAGAAGAUGAGGCAGACACAGCAGUACUUAAGACGGUGUAUUUAAUAAAGAAAAAAACCUAAAAUACAAAAAAUGGCAAAUCCAAAAGGUGGUAGGAAAAACACAAAAAGACCUCAAAAGAAACUCACCAAAAAAUAAACAAAAACAAAAAAACAGAAUACCACAAGAACUUCACCCGGAAUCGACAAGAGCACACAGAACACUAGGGCAGGGUGCUAACAUACAAACACAGAGCACAGAACUGAGGGAAACAAAGGGUUUAAAUACAAUUAGGGGAAACAAGACACAGGUGCAAACAAUAAUGGGGAUCAAGGGAAAAACACAGGGACAAAAAGCACAAUGGGGACAUCUACUGACAAAAACCCGGAACAACCCUGGCCAAAUCCUGACACCUAGGACUUCCUCUAGAUGUCAAUUGUCUUUAGAAAGAGUUUCAUGCUAGUUUUUGGAAAAAUUAGCCCGAAAUGGUAGUUUUUCUAGGUGGUUCCCAAUUAGGCUGUAGUGUUUCCAUUUUGGCUGUAGUGUUUAUUAGUAACAUUUGGGAUUCAUUUUGUAUGCAUUUUGAUGGAGAGAAACUGGGUGGAUUAUUGACUGAAGCGCGCCAGCUAAACUGAGUUUUAUGAAUAUGAAGAAGGGUAUUAUCGAACAAAAGGACCAUUUGUGAUGUAACUGGGACCUUUUGGAGUGCCAACAGAAGAAGAUCAUCAAAGUCCACCUAAUCCCCACUACGCCCAUGGGUGAGGAGCGGCCCCACCAGGGUCUGGGCCAAGGGAAAAGCAGGAAGAGAGUGAUCCCUGUCCCCCACACAGAGGAUCCUGAACCAGACCCCAUCGCUGAGGCGUAUGGCUACUGCAACACCCCCAACCGCUCUGAACAGUCCUGGGAGGGACACAGCCCUGUGGACUACAAGCUGCUGUCUGUCCAGGUGAUGAUUCGCCAUGGCGACCGUUACCCCCUUUACGCCAUCCCCAAAACCAAGCGGCCUGCCAUCGACUGCACCCUGUCCCCAAAGAGGAAACCCUCCCACCCCCAGCUGAAUUCUUUCAUUGGUCACAUGGCCCAGGGGGGGCGUGGCCGCUGGGAGGGGACUCUCAGCUCGUUGCCCCGCCUCCCUAACCACAGCACCUGUGAGAUGGGUGAGCUCACUCAGACAGGUGUGGUGCAGCACUUACGCAAUGGCCAGCUCCUUCGCCUAGCCUACAAGCGUCACAAACUCCUCCUGCCCAAUUUGUCGACCAAGCAGGUGUGGGUGGAGACUACGGGCAGGAGCCGCACCCUCCAGAGCGGGAUGGCUCUUCUGUAUGGGUUCCUGCCAGACUUUGACUGGAGCCUUCUGACAGUCCACCACCAGUGGAGCACGUUGUUCUGUGGUUCAGCCUGCGACUGUCCUGCUAGGAACCCCUAUCUGGAGGAGGAGCAGAGGAGACAGUACCGCCUCAGAGCGGCAGACACUGAACUGGAGAGAACCUACGCAGACAUGGCCCGUACGCUAGGUCUGCCCCCGCGCCAGCUCAGAGCUGCCAACCCUAUAGACUCUCUGCUGUGCCACCUGUGCCACGGCCUGUCCUUCCCCUGUGUGUCAGCAGGGAGUGCUCUCGGCAGUGGGGGCUGUUUGACUCUGGCCCAGUUCGCUGUGAUCCGGAGGCAGCAGUUAGAGGACGAGGUGGACAGGAGGAGGGUGGGACUGUAUCGCCGCUACGCCGUGCUCGCCACGCACCCCUACCUCAACCGCACCGCCAAUCGGAUGGAGCGCGUCGCCAAGGCCUACGCUCGGGGACGAAAACCCCGCGCUGGAGGAGAGGAGGCGUUCACCCUGUCCUCGGCUCAUGACGUCACUGUCGCACCACUACUAAGCGCCCUGGGCUUGGAGGAUGCACUCUUCCCGAGGUUUGCGGCGAGGGUUGUGUUUGAGUUGUGGAAGAGUCCGCCCGCAACGCAGGGACAAUAUAAGGGGCAAGGCCAGGGCCAGAAUAAGGCUGCUUGGUUGAAAGGGGAGAGGUUAAAGGGUGGUAAUUGGGGAGACAUGUUUGUGAGGGUUCUGUACAACGGAGAGGAUGUGACUUUCCAUACCACCUUCUGUCGCUCACAUGACCGCAACGCCGCACAGCCGUUAUGCCCCCUGGGUAACUUCCUGUCGUUCGUCAAGAAAGACAUGUUCAAUGUCCUCAAUGCCACGUCCUACCACAACGCCUGCUACCGACAGACAGGCUGACUGACAGAUGGAAGGAUAGAGAGAGAGAAGGAGGAGGAGAAGAGAAUGAGUCAGAGAAAGAGGGAGUUAUAAUUUAGCUGAUUUUGGAAUUUUUUAAUAGCACUUUUCCCACUUUGAUGGUAGUGUCCUUUUGACAUUUUCUAAAGUCACAAACAUUCCUAGAAAGCAUAAAUGCUGAUCAUACAUAUCACUGCAAAAACACAUAUUUUCACCAGCAAAUUCCUAUACACAAACACACGUGUUCACAUACUUUAUACAUACUCUUCAUGCCUUCUUGAUCAGAUGUCUUUGUCGAUAAAGUUUGACUUCUAAACUGACAGCCUUGUGGGUGUUGACAAUCACACCAGGAUAAUUAACCUGCAAUUAUACACAUUUCAACAUUGACCUUUCUACAAUUUCUUAGUUUUGGAAAUGUUUGUAAGGAAAAGAGGUGGAAGGACUCAGGCACUUUAUUCACACAUUCCUGCAUUCCAACAGGGAAUGUUGAGAUUCCACUUUUCCCAAAUUCCUGCAUUGAAAGGGGAACGUUAAAACUGGAAACACUAAACUGCCAUUUAUAGUUUGUCUUGAUAUUGUCUGACAUUUUGAUUAAAAUGGUGCUGGAGACCAAUAGAAUUAGGGUCAGUUUUGCUGUACAAUUAAUUUAUUUUAGUUUACUCAACCACAUACUUCAAGCUGAAGUCAAUUUCAAUAUUAAGAAUUAAGUCAAUCCAAGAAUUUACACCCAAUGCACCUUGGUGAAGGCUAGACGGCUAGUUGUGAUGGUACGUAGAUUCCACUGCUGCUGUAAGAUGGCAAUGACAGUUAAUAAAUAUGUCAUCAGUAAUUGUAAUUUCUGUGGACAUUUUUUUGAAUGAUGCUCAUCAGUUUGAAUAAUUAUAUAUUUACUAUAAAACACAUUACACAGUGGGCCACUUAGUAAUAAAACUUGUUUCCUCACAA